GAUGAUACUAUCAUAAUGAAUUGCAAAGAAUAUCUGUACAUCGUUUCAAAUGCAUCAUGCUCAUCAAAGAUUAAAGCUCAUGUUACAGUAAUCGAAUAAUGAAAGUGAUCUGUUUAUUUCUAGAAAAUGAUGACCGAAGACUUGAAAGAUGGUAAAGAAGUUAACUUUAGAGUUCUCAAUCAUGCUCUUUUAGCUCUUCAAGGACCAGAUGCAUAUUCAGUUCUCCGUUCAGGUAUCUCAUCUGCUGAUAUGCAAAGCUUUGAAAACCUUUAUUUUAUGGAAAGCAUGCUCAUUGAUUCAUUCUACGGUAUGAAUACGCCUCAUGGUGAUAUUCGUUUAACACGUUGCGGAUAUACAGGUGAAGAUGGUUACGAAAUCAGUAUCCCUUCAGAAAUAGCUAUCCCGAUUGCUGAGAUUCUGGUCAAGAAUUCUUCUGUAAAACCCGUUGGAUUAGCUGCUCGUGAUACCUUAAGAUUAGAAGCUGGUUUGUGUCUAUAUGGAAAUGACAUAUCGGAAGAAACAACUCCAAUUGAAGCUUCUUUAUCAUGGCUUAUAUCAAAACAAAGGCGUUUGGGUAAAGAUCCCAAAUUUCCUGGUUAUUCAGUUAUAACUGGUCAGCUGAAAAAUAGAAGUGCAAUAAAACAUAAGCGGAUCGGUUUGGUUUGUGAAUCAGGUCCACCAGCAAGAAAUGGUGCAAAAAUAUUUGAUCAAUCUAUGCAAUUGGAAAUUGGUGCCGUCACAAGUGGUUGUUUUUCGCCUACAUUAAAUAAGAAUAUUGCUAUGGCUUAUGUGAACACUGAAUAUUGUGAAAAUGAUCGACUACUUUUUGUACAGAUACGUCAAAAAUUCUAUCCAUAUACAAUAACGAAAAUGCCAUUCGUUACAACUAAAUAUGUUAGACGAUCUUCAAACUAAUAUCUAAUAGUAUUUUGUAACAAUUUUGAUAUUCCUUUUUCAUUUAUUUAUUUGAAAUAGCUAUUUUUACACCAUUUUUGUUCUUACUAAACUUUAAACUUAAUGAAAUCAGUGCUACUAGAUGUGAAUAUUUUUCAAUGACUGCAAAAAACAUAACAUAAUACAUGUUAUUUGCCCA